AUGGCUUCUGCCGAAGUCGACAAGAUUGACGUCCGCAGCGAUUCGCGGAUUCAGUACCGCUCUGCCCAGGUCAAUGGGAGGACUUAUGGUUACCUCUUCGGUCAACCCGAAUCAGGACGGUACAAGGCGACUAUUUUUCUGCUCCAUGGAUUUCCCGACCUGUCGAUGGGAUGGCGGUAUCAGAUCCCUCUGCUGAUAAAGUUGGGUUUCCGGGUCGUUGCGCCGGAUUGUUUGGGAUAUGGGAGGACGGAUGCGCCGGACGACUAUGAGUCGUACAGCCACAAGCGCUGCGCAGAUGAUAUCAAGGAGUUGGCGACUCAGUUGGGGGCGUCGAAGAUCAUCGUUUGUGGACAUGAUUGGGGUGCGGCACUAACCUACCGUGUUGCCCUCUGGCACCCCGACCUGGUCUCCCACGUCAUCACCGUCUGCGUGCCCUACUUUCCGCCCAGCAAGGUCUACAUCCCUCUCGAAGAGCUCGUCAAGACUCACAUCCCGAGCUUUGCCUAUCAGCUCCAGUUAAAGAGCGGAGAGCUGGAGAAGGCAAUCUCGACGAAGGAUGAGAUUCGACAGUUCCUCAUCGGUCUGUACGGGGGCAGGACUGACGACGGUAAGCCCGGAUUCGACGUCUCGAAGGGCGUUCUUCUCGAGAACUUGAAGGGGUUGAAACCGUCGAAGUUAUUGAGUAAGGAGGAAAUCGCUUAUUAUGCAGAUGAAUUCGCGCGCCAUGGUAUUCAUGGACCUCUCAACUGGUACCGUACCCGCAAAGUCAACUACAACGACGAACUCGCCCUCGUCGACCGCCCGACCAUCGAUGUCCCCGUCCUCUUCAUCCAGGCCCUCAGAGACUCGGCACUCCCACCACAUCUAGGCAAAGGAAUGAACGCCUUCAUCCCGCAGUUGACAGUCGAGCAGGUGAAUACGUCGCACUGGGCGUUGUGGGAGAAUCCGCAGGGAAGGUCUAAUUUCCUCGUCGGUAAUUCCGGCUCUAGGAACAGUUGCUUUGUCCAGCAGCACUCGACAUGGAUGCACUUCUGCCAUUUGUACACUAAGAUAAGCGAGGCUAGUAGGGUCAUGCAAAGAGCGGUGAAUCCAGCCCAGAGCAUCUUCCACGUCAACAAAAAGGAGAGGGGAAAAAGAAAACCUACCGGUUCGACGUUGCGCGUCUCGUCUCACAGCCUUACACCCAGAGCAAACUUCAUUCUUCCAUUACCCACAUCUGAACGAACAAAAAUGGGGCUGAAGGUACCCGCUCCCAGAUGCACAACAACAGUCAGACGCAGAAAGCCGACCGACCUCAGCAAGAAACUAUCAUUGAUCGAAGAAGAACUGAUCGCCCUCGGCCAAGAAUCCUUAUCACUAUCUCAGAAAAUAGAAUCUAUCCAGUCUCACCGAAUUCAGCGCCUUCUCGAACUCCAUGACCCUUCCUCUAUCGAAGAAGAAGGCCGUGCCAUCCAGGAAGAGCAGGCCCCCUUGGUUAUUCGUCAAAUAAUUCUGGUAGAACGUUUCUGUUUCUUGGUCGAACGCAUGAAGUCCUUGCGUCGUCAGCGAUCAGCCGCUAAGAUUUCCCAGAGAGGUUGA